CCGUCAGUUUAUUUCUUUAAUCACUGGUCGGCAAUGAGUACAUAACAUUUGAGUAACAUGAUUGUUUUUUAAAGUGGCAGACUAAAAUGUUAUUUAAGUGUGUUAUUUUAUUUUUUUAUCUGAUAAAACAUUUCAAUAUUUUGUGUAAUUUUUUUUUUUUUUUUUUUUAGAUGUUUUAGAAUAUUUCUCCUGUUGACGUUUAUCAGCUGUUUAUUAUAAGGCCAAUAAGAUUCUUUGUAGUGUUCCUAGCUAACCAAUAGGAAAUUGACAAAUACAGAGAAGUUUCUGAAAAUAUCAACAGAAUGCUCUUGGGAUCGUCGGUGUAAAUCCACAGUGUUAACCUAUCCAUCAAAUGUAUGAUGGAAGUCCUGAAUAUGCCUGUGACACUAAUUGUUAAGGCUCCAAAUCAGCAAGUGGAGGAUUUAACGAUCGAGUGUGAACUGAACUGGACUAUUCGUAGGUUAAAGAACUACCUUGCAGAAGUGUAUCCCAGCAAACCGCGCACGGAGGAUCAGAAGCUGAUCUACUCUGGCAAGCUGCUGCCGGACGGAGCGGCUCUGAAGGACGUGCUGCGUUCCUUCGAGGGCCAGACGGCUCACACGCUGCACCUCGUCUGUGCCACCCCCAGGGACGGCUACCGGCGCCCUGCCCCAGAGCCACCCAGGAUGCAGGCGGUGCCCGCGCGCAGCUCAGACGUCGACGAGGUGCGUCGCAGGGGCAGCGCGGCGGAGGGCUCGACGCUCCCGGACCCGCAGGCGGCCUGGGCAGCGGCGAUGGGGCCCUCCGACCCCAGCAGCGUGGCCCAGCAGCUCGCCUGGAUGCAGCAGGCCUACGCCAACUACAUGAUGCAGUACAUGCAGCUGAUGGCAUCAGCGGCGUCUCCUCAGGAUGGCCUGGCUGCUGCAGCCGCCAUCCCUCCCUCCUUCACCUUCCAGCCCCCACCGGCCACGGAGCAGCCCCCAGCCGCCCCCAACAACCCCGAGCGCGUGGCUGCGCCCCUCGACAACAACCCCCCAGACGGAGAGGAUGACGACGGCCGGGGGAACCGCGACUGGCUGGACUGGUUCUACCUGCUGAGCCGCAUGGGGGUGCUUCUCAGCAUCGUCUACUUCUACUCGUCUCCCACUCGCUUCUUCAUGGUAGCCAUGCUCGCCGUCAUCAUGUACAUGUACCACCGGGGGUUCCUGCAGGUGCAGGCGGCACGGCGCGCGGCCGACAACAACAACGUGCCGGCGCCGGCGCCGGACGAGGACGCGGCCAGCGGCUCCGACAGCGACUCCGCGUCGGGCGCUCCCCAGCAGCCUGAGCGGCCGUCCCUGCUCGCCCUCGCCUGGACCUUCUUCAGCAGCUUCUUCGCGUCGCUGAUCCCCGAGCAGCCGGGCGUGCUCUGAGCCCCCCUCGCUUCCGCACAUUCACUUCACCAGACUCUUGUAUAGUCGUGUUUUUAUUGUUAGCACCGGCAUUGAAAACCAAAGCUAAAGACUUUAAUUGUGUAAAUACUCUUGAAAGAAUUUAAGUGUAUAGUACAAAGUACAAAUAAAUAUACAUAUUACAAUUA